AUGGCUCUUGUAGGAGACGUAGAAUUGCGAAGUCUAGUGCGCGUAGAACGCGUAGGAGCGCACUCUCACAUUCGUGGCCUAGGAGUGAGUGCGAAUUUUGAUCCCGAAGAUGUAGCUGAUGGAAUGGUUGGACAGGUUCGCGCGAGGAGAGCUGCUGCUAUCAUAGUGAAGAUGGUCCAGACUGGUAAUAUUGGUGGACGGGGUGUACUCAUAUAUGGACAACCUGGAACUGGAAAGACAGCCAUCGCAAUGGGCAUUGCCAAAGCUCUUGGAGAAGAUACGCCUUUCGUAUCGAUUUCUGCAUCAGAAAUAUUUUCAGUAGAUAUAAGUAAGAGUGAAGCCCUCAUGCAGUCCUUUCGCAAAGCUAUAGGAGUUCGGAUUAAGGAAGAGACAGAGGUCCUCGAAGGGGAAGUGGUUUCGAUAGAGAUGGACAGGCCAGUGACUGGUGUCGGCCCGAAGGUUGGGAAGCUGUCUAUAAAAACUACAGAUAUGGAGACUAUUUAUGAUCUUGGUAGCAAGAUGGUGGACCAAUGCAUCAAAGAACGUAUUUGUGCUGGUGAUGUAAUCCAAAUUGACAAAAGCUCUGGAAGAGUUUCCCGCGUUGGACGAUCUGCAACACGCUCCCAUGACUAUGAUGCGAUGGGUCCGCAAACGAAAUUUGUUCCAUGUCCCAGUGGUGAAAUACAGAAAACACGAGAGAUUGUUCAUACUGUCUGUUUGCACGACAUCGACGUGAUAAAUUCUCGCAGUCAAGGUUUCCUUGCACUUUUCACUGGCGACACUGGAGAAAUCAAGAAUGAAGUUCGUGAUCAAAUCAACAAAAAGGUGGCAGAAUGGCGUGAGGAAGGCAAGGCGGUAAUCCAUCCUGGAGUUCUGUUUAUUGAUGAGGUUCAUUUGCUGGAUCUUGAGUGUUUUUCUUUCCUCAAUCGAGCAAUGGAGUCGGAUCUCAGUCCAUUACUUAUAAUGGCAACGAACAAAGAGAAAGGUGUGGUUCGCGGCACCGACGUCACCGCCAACUACUGUUUGCCUCCUGACCUUGUGGACCGUCUGAUUGGUAUUGCGACGAAACCAUACACAAGCGACGAAAUCGGUCGCAUUCUAAGUUUGCGAGCCGAUGAAGAAGGUGUGAGAAUGGAAGCUGCGGCUAUCAACCUGUUGAAAAUGAUCGUUGGUGAAACGUCGAUGAGGUACGGAAUGCAACUAAUCGCUGUGGCUAAUGUCCUCAGAGAGAGAAAGAAGAAAGCAAUGGUAACAAAAGACGAAAUUAGCGCUGCUUAUAAGAUGUUCUACGACACGAAGCGAAGCGAGGCCUACCUCACACAAAAUUCGAAGAAGUUCUUAUGUUAG